AUGAUUGAUAAGGAAACCAACACCCCACAGAAACCUUUUCGUUCCAGCCGGUUUGUCAAUUCCUCUCCUGUUGGGCCUAGUGGCAGCAGUCUGGAGCAGAUGGAGCAGAGAAUGAACAGCAGGAACCAAAAGAUGUUUAGACCAAUGAGUUCUCCAAUAAGAAAAGCCCAGAGUUUAGUAGCGUCACCAAAGUCUCCCACUAAAAGGGCGCAGUAUGUUCCAACAAGAUUACAGAAAAAGCGCCAGGAAAAGGCUGUUCAGAACAGAGGUGGACUAGAACAGAUGGAAGAGUUUGUGAUGAAAAAUGAAUAUUCUCAGUACGUAGAGGAGCUAGAGAAUCAGGCAAGACUAAAUAGCAUAGAUCCUGAGAUGUUAGAGUUUGAAUCAAACGAUGAUCAAGCUUUACAGCCACAGCAGCAGGAACUCGAAGAGAUGAUUAGGUUGGAACAGGAGGAAUUAGAGGCCUUGGCAGCGACAUUCGAAAACAAUUUAAGUUUUAAAACUGUCAAACAGAGUGACUGA